CGUUUCCGUCAGUCGGGUCUUCAACUCCGGGCCGCGAACAACCGGCCAUCGGACCGCGUUAUUUCAAACUCGCGGAAACACCCUCUCGAUAAUCGUAUCCGUUCCACGCAAUCUCCAACGCACCGAGCUUUACCACAGUGCAACUUUCAUCCGCUUCACUGACUCUUUACAGAGCGCCGAUUUUUCUUUCCGCUUGAUUUUCUAAGAUAAAACUUUGAAAGUUACGGGAAACUUUGCCCGCACGCGUUGACCGAGAUUUUUCCGUCGUGCUACUUUACGAGGUACGCAGCUGCGCCAAGUUACAAAGGGAAAUUUUUAAGGGACGCGAUAUUCUUCCCCCGGUGGUCUAAUUGGAUGAUUAAUUAACACGAACGAGAAAUAUGUUUCGGUCGGUUCGAAAUAAUUGGAACAGUUAUAGUAUUUCAUUUUUUUUAAUUUAACACCUUACUCAGUGAAUUGUAAACGAUCUUUUCAUCGCUUUACUCGGGAAGCUAAAGAGGAACGAUAUAUAUAGACUUUAUUCCAUCUACGUGAAAGUAAUUAAAACGGAGAAGUAAAAAAGUUGAGAACAAAGGACUCUUCGCACGCUUUGUUCUCUUAGAAUUUACUACUUUAUUUAAAAGAAACAACGAUCUUAUUGCAUUCGAGUUUCUCGUAUUAAAAAUUGAAAUUCAUAAAUAAAAUCAAAGAUCAUCGAAUUUGACCAGCAACUAUCCGGACAUUUUUGGUCAUCCGCGUGAAGGAGGAUCAAAGGGCGUGAUCGUUAACGUCGUUAGCGCUAAUUAAUCAUCGACAAAGAGAUAAAUAUCCGCAUAUCAGGCUGAUAACCGGUGGCGCGAGCGUGUGGCCGUGUCUGCCGAUAAUUAUGAACAGGCCAACUCAUUAGUCGCAGUCGACGUUAACGGCCUCGUUGUGAUCGCAUUCCUCUUACCUGUUCAAUUGUUAAUCAGAUUCACGCACGGUAAACGAAAGAACACGGAUUACCUUCGUGUAAUUUCUCUUCCAAAGUAAAUUAGAUUUCCUCGAUCUUCCUCGGUGCUUUCUAACUUAAAAUCUUACUUAGCGCGGAUGAAAUAAAGUGUACCACUUUAUACCUUGAUGUAAACCCGUGUCAAACCUCGUCGAACAUUGAAUUCAUCCACCACGAAUUACUGGACAUUUCGAGGAACUCAAUCGAACAUCAAAUUCAUGAUUUACGAGCGUUUCGUAACAGUGGGUCACGAUACCGCGUUCAGGAUCAUGAGGUAUCGGAAGGAGAUGACCAGAGGAGUCUGAGAAACGAGAAAAACCGCACGAGAGCAGCGUGGUUCGUUCAAUCGGAAAAAGGAUCGGAGCAAAACGAGCUUUUCACGCUCGACACGCUUCUCCAAACUAAUUAAUCUUGCGUUUGCAACCCUUUCGCGGAGUCGUUACGUUCAACGACGCCCGAGCAGCAAACGUUUCGAAACAAAAUCGAGGAAAGGAAAGAUAACGAGCCGGUGGCUUCUCGAGUCGGAUUACUUGGACGAAGAGAGAGAUUCGACGUAAUUAGCAAACAGUUGGCCAAGUGUUUCCACGGCAAUGGUUCGAUUUCCUUCGAGCUACUCGUCAAAGAAGCCCUGAUCAAAAGGCCAGUUUAAUCGCGUAGCCAGCUGUUGUGCAAAUUGUAGCAACUGCGAAAAGAGCGAGGCGAACGUCGACUGGGCUGUUUGUAAGCACCUCCUUCGAGAAACAUCGACGGCCCUCGCGACACUUCCUCGAAACAUCGGAUCGAUGAGGACCAACAGUUCAGUUAGCUGCUCAUUCCUGAAUAACUACCAGGAAUUUACAGAAUAAACCCUUGGAAACACAUCCGAAUACCUUCUGCUGAAUUCUUUUAUCAGUGUAACUCGCUGGAAUGAGGGUGUCACUCGAAAACACAAAAGAAUUCGACGAACGCGGGUCGCGAACGUCGGCGGAACCGCUUGAAGCGAGCUGAAACUUUCCGUGAAAAAAAGAAAAAAGGUGCAUCGCUAUCUCGGUUGUGUCCCGACGGGGAAAUUAUAAACAGUCAACGUAGAAACGCGAAGAUAAGGCAGGGACAAGUGCAACGUUUGUUGAAAGAUAAAAGAACUGAGAAGGCACAGGUAUGUGGGCGACGCUGACGGAAAAUAAAGUGAAAUAAACGAACGAGCAAAGUUCCUUAAUGGAAAGCGGAAGGAUAAGGUCGACGAGGAUGACAGGAAACGUUUCGAGGGACGAACUGGUGAUCUCGUUGAAAAUGCGUGAAAACGUAUGUUCCAGGGGUAAAAAGAGAUCAGAUAGGGACAUGUGAUCUCUGAAUUGAUUCGCAAAUGAUAAUUCUAUUGAAAACUGAUUAGCAUAGCGAUAAUAGACUCUCGGUAGGGUCUGAUGGACGAUUGAAAAUCUCGCCGAUUCGCUGAACGAUAUUUCACGGUGAAGAGGUGCGCGAGAAUGAGGGGAAAGGGUGACGAGUGAGACGGAGGAAGAUAGAAAGUGAACGAUAAAGAGAGAAGGAAGAGAAUAGUCAAGCGGAGGGACAAGAGGAAAUCGUAGAAUUUCGUUGCUGGAAGGGAUACGUCCUGCGGGUGAACCGGUCGGACGACGGUGAUGGCAUGAGGACAUUAGUAAGGAGAAGCUGCGGGUCCAGCGAGGAGGAGGAUGAGGAUGGUGGUGGGCGUGAUGGUCCUUGGUCAGCUACUGACGAGGAUUCUGCUCGCUGCCCAUGCUGGAGAUCGACUCGCGGCAGCUCGCAGGAUACUCAGAGAUGUGCCACUGAUAGACGGGCACAACGACCUACCAUGGAACAUACGCAAGUUCCUGAAGAAUCAGCUAAGGGAAUUCAGGUUUGAUGACCUGAGGGACUCCCAUCCGUGGUCACGGAGCGCCUGGAGCCACACGGAUCUCAGAAGAUUGAAAGAAGGCAUGGUUGCAGCCCAGUUCUGGUCAGCUUACGUGCCUUGCUCGUCUCAGCACCUGGACUCGGUGCAGCUGGCUCUGGAGCAGAUCGACCUGGUUCGCCGACUGGUCAACAAGCAUCCUGAAAGCAUGGUUCUCGUUACUACAGCGGAAGGUAUAGAGAGAGCGCACAAGGAGGGUAGAUUAGCAAGCCUGAUAGGGGUGGAAGGGGGCCACGCAGUUGGAACGAGUCUGGCGGUUCUGAGGAUGUUGUACGAGUUGGGUGCCCGAUAUCUCACACUUACGCACAAAUGCAACACGCCUUGGGCAGAAUGCAGCACAGCGGAUGAACCUGGUCAAGUGGCUCGCAUCGGUGGCCUCUCCGAUUUCGGCAAGAGCAUCGUUCUCGAAAUGAAUCGGCUAGGAAUGAUGGUAGACCUGUCGCACGUUUCCGUACCCACGAUGCUGGUCGCCAUGAAGACGUCGAGGGCACCCGUUAUUUUCAGCCACAGCAGCGCCCACGCCCUUUGCAAUUCCUCGCGAAACGUGCCUGACCAUGCGCUACGACGUUUGAAGCAGACCGAUGGCAUCGUUAUGGUCUCCUUCUACCCCCAUUUUAUCAGCUGCGGUGAGAAAUCGACGUUGGAAGAUGUGGCUGCUCACAUCGAUCAUAUAAGAAAAAUUGCUGGAAUCGACCACGUUGGAAUAGGCGCCGGCUACGACGGAAUCAAUCUGACACCGACAGGUCUGGAGGACGUCAGCAAAUACCCGGAGCUUUUUGCGGAGUUGUUGGCGCGCGGAUGGUCGGAGAAAGAUAUUCGGAAACUGGCUGGUUUCAAUCUAAUUCGGGUGUUCAAGGCGGUAGAGAAGGUUCGCGACGACAUGGCAGAGCAGGGUAUAGAGCCACUCGAAGAGGAAAUUCCGCACGAGGACAUAAUAGGUCGGGAUUACUGCCGUUACAACGUGAAACGACUGAUGGCACCGUAGCCGUAGCAAAGGAUAUCCGAGGGUUCGAGUACAGCGAAGAAAAAGAAGAAGAAGAAGAAGAAGAAGAAGAAGACGAAAAAGGCAGAUGGAGGAAAACGGUCAUGGCGAACGGAACUCUCUCCGAAAGCACUUCGAUUCGUGAAUUCUAGCAUCUGCGAAGGACGCGACUCGGAUAUCUCGCCUCUUCUCCUUUUCAUUCUUUUCUCCGUUUCACGUCAGCCAUCAUUCGUGUACGAACGUAAGUAGAUAGACAAACUCGAUUUCCUUCGAAGAUUCUCGAGGCGCGACAAUGACGAGUCAACUGGUGAAAAGGUCGUCUGACGAGGUAGUACUUCCUUCGCAGUGAAUGAUAGGUUUUCACGAAAACAAUGAGAGAAAAAAAGGAAAAGCGAUUGAAUCGUGUGCGCUUUUUCUACGAUUCGAAGACCAACGCGUUUGCACGAACGUAUGAGGAACGAAAGCGUAUUCGAUCUACACUGAACGAUUUCCUCGUCGAUGCUGGAACCAAAACCGUUCUAGUCAAUAUGCUAAUUAUAUUAUGUAUAAAUAUGUACACAUAAACGAUCGAUCUCGCGAACGACUGAUACCGAUCGUGACCUAUUGUCACCGAUACGAUUCGAGCGUAUGACUGAGUAUAUAUGUUGUGCUGUUGUAUGUGAGAACGCGUGAAUGAGAGAAAGAGCAAGAUGUUUGUACAUAUGGUACCUGAAGUCGAAGAACAUAUUGAUCCUCCUAAGGAACAGAUCGGCCAGACGAAAUUUUUAACGAGAACAUCUGAAUUUUAAGAAUUGGAGAGGAAAAGAACUUGCACAGAGAGAAAAUUGCAAAUUUUCUGAUGAUAAAAAAUAAAAUUCGAGAAUUCAACAUUGGGGAACACGAAACUUCUAUUCUAUUAUACUUGACAUUUGUUUCAAAGUAAACGAUUUCUAUCCUCGUUGAAAGGAUCGCACUGGCUGAUUUGUGUCGGAGGAAGCUCUAGAUACGUUAGUCUCGAAGGAGCUGCAAACGUUGACUUCGUCAACGAGAACUUUCCUACGAUUUUGCACGAUCGAAGUUGACGUCGACACGCGCGUCGAUGUAUAAUCACAUUCACGAAUGAUUCUUUUCUUUCAAACGCGUCUCAUUCAUUCUAAACACUUUAAGACUCGUGUAUUCUACUAAACGCACCGAUAAUAUCCUUUUCUUAACCAUGUUUUUACGCUAAAAGAAACUUUUUAAUAUAGUCGAAAAUUUUAACGACUGCAUGGAGCAAGAAAAUGAAAUGAAAUAUCAACUUCCCUCGUGCUAUCGAUGCAUCUGGUCGUUAAUUUUAAGAGAAUCGUUCGAAACUCAUACCGUUUAUGUUUAAAUUUAAAAAAAAGAAAGAAAGAAAAAAUAAAAAAAAAUAAGACUUGUUUCGCAUCGAUCGACUGACCGACCAUUCGUGUGCAAGUAGUCGAGAUCAACGAAGCGUCAGCCUCGUGAGUAUAUCCUAACAUUUCAAGCGUUAAUGAAACCGGAAAUAAAUCGACGACAAAUCGAAAUACGGUCGUUGUUAAAUUAAA